ACGUAGCUAGAACCUACAUAUAUCACAUAUAUAUGCAUGACUAUAUAGAUCUCUGAGCUGAGGGGUUAUUUGAAACCUUUUUUGCCGCGCUGCUCAGUGGAGAGAGAAGCGCUCUCCUGCAGUGGGUAGGAGCAGCAGAGGCAGCGGCACCACUAUCCCGUUCCCUUCUUUCUCCCCUCUUCUUUUGCAUCCUCUUUUCUUCGCAUCCACUUCCUUCUGUGGUUUUUGGAGGAGGGAGGAGGGUGUUUGUUGGGUUCCCCCAACCCCCCUCUUUCGUUUGGCAAAUCCCUUUCAUGACAUUACACCGGCUUGUUGCUAAAGAGGGCAAAUACCCAUCACUGAGCGAGAGAGGGACUCACUCUAGCUGCUCGGAGCCCGAGAGGACUAGAGACUGGAGGAGAACGGGGAAACGAAAGAGGUGGCUUGGAAUCUUCCUUUAAUCUGGGAGCAACGCACCUUUCUACAAGAAACAAGAUAGACAGAAAGCGGAGAAGUGGAGGGACCUUUGUCAAGGCUAUUCUGCAGUAAGCUCUAGUAGUAGAAGGAGCCAGGAGGGGAAGGAUGGGUUUAUGGUCCUCCCGAACCGGCUGGCGGGGCAGCUCUUUCCUUUGGAUUUUGAGCAGCAUCAGCUGCAGAGCCUGGGCAGCUUCUUCUACUUCCCAAAAAUGUGAUGAGCAACUUGUCUCUGCAUUGCCCCAUCUUGUCUUCAGCUGUUCAUCUUCCAUGUCCAACAGCUAUUCUCCAGGCUAUGCCAAGCUCAAUAAAAGAGGCGGAGCUGGGGGAUGGUCUCCAUCAGACAGUGAUCAUUACCAAUGGCUGCAAGUUGAUUUUGGCAAUAGGAAGCAGAUCAGUGCCAUUGCUACCCAAGGCAGAUAUAGCAGCUCUGACUGGGUGACCCAGUACCGAAUGCUCUACAGUGAUACAGGAAGAAACUGGAAACCAUACCAUCAAGAUGGGAAUAUCUGGGCUUUUCCAGGAAAUAUAAACUCUGAUGGUGUAGUCCGCCACGAUUUGCAGCAUCCAGUCAUUGCCCGAUAUGUGCGCAUAGUGCCCUUAGACUGGAAUGAAGAAGGUCGGAUUGGACUGAGAAUUGAAGUCUAUGGCUGUUCUUAUUGGGCGGAUGUUAUCAAUUUUGAUGGCCAUGUUGUGUUACCGUACAGAUUCAAGAAUAAGAAGAUGAAAACUCUGAAAGAUGUCAUUGCUUUGAAAUUUAAAACCUCUGAAAGUGAAGGGGUAAUCUUCCAUGGAGAAGGGCAGCAAGGAGAUUAUAUUACCUUGGAAUUGAAAAAAGCCAAACUGGUUCUCAACUUAAACCUAGGGAGCAACCAAUUUGGUUCCAUAUAUGGCCAUACAUCUGUGAUGACAGGAAGUUUGCUAGAUGAUCACCACUGGCAUUCUGUUAUCAUUGAACGCCAUGGACGGAACAUCAACCUGACUCUGGAUAGGCAUUUGCAACAUUUUCGGACGAAUGGAGAAUUUGAUUAUCUGGACUUGGAUUAUGAGAUAACCUUUGGAGGUCUGCCUUUUUCUGGGAAGCCAAGUUCCAACAGUAGAAAGAAUUUCAAAGGAUGCAUGGAAAGCAUUAAUUACAAUGGAAAUAAUAUCACUGAUCUUGCCAAGAGGAAGAAGUUAGAGCCUUCCAAUGUGGGGAAUUUAAGUUUUUCUUGUGUGGAGCCACAUACAGUUCCUGUGUUCUUCAAUGCCACAAGUUACCUGGAGGUACUGGGUCGCCCCAACCAGGACCUAUUUUCAGUCAGUUUUCAGUUCAGGACAUGGAAUCCCAGUGGCCUUCUGCUCUUCAGCAACUUUGCAGAUGGUUUAGGGAAUGUGGAGAUUGACCUCACCGAGAGCAAAGUUGGUGUCCGUAUCAACAUCACGUUAAACAAAAAGAAUCAAAUUGACAUUUCCUCAGGUUCUGGGCUAAAUGAUGGACAAUGGCAUGAAGUUCGUUUUCUAGCCAAGGAAAAUUUUGCUGUUCUCACCAUUGAUGGAGAUGAAGCAUCAGCAGUACGAACAAAUAGUCCUCUUCAAGUUAAAACUGGGGAGAAGUAUUUCUUUGGAGGUUUUCUUACACAGAUGAAUACCUCAGAUCACUCUGUACUUCAGGCAUCAUUCCAAGGGUGUAUGCAGCUCAUCCAAGUGGAUGAUCAGCUGGUCAAUUUACAUGAAAUAGAACAAAGAAAGCCGGGUAGCUUUGCUAAUGUCAGUAUUGACAUGUGUGCCAUUAUAGACAGAUGUGUGCCCAAUCACUGUGAGCAUGGUGGUAAAUGCUCCCAAACCUGGGACAGCUUCAAGUGCACUUGUGAUGGGACAGGAUACAGCGGGGCCACCUGCCAUAACUCUAUCUAUGAACUCUCCUGUGAAGCUUAUAAACACCUAGGGAAAACUUCAAAUUUUUACUGGAUUGAUCCUGAUGGCAGUGGGGCUCUGGGACCUCUGAAAGUUUACUGCAACAUGACGGAAGACAAAGUGUGGUCAACUGUAAAUCAUGACUUGCAGAAGCAGACUCCGGUGGUUGGCUACGGCCCAGAAAAAUACUCAGUGUUACAGCUCAAUUACAGUGCCUCCAUGGAUCAGAUCACGGCCAUCACCAGCAGUGCAGAGUAUUGUGAGCAGUUUGUCUCCUAUUCUUGCAAGAUGUCAAGGUUGUUGAACACCCCAGAUGGAAGCCCUUACACAUGGUGGGUUGGAAAAGCCAAUGAAAAGCAUUACUACUGGGGUGGUUCUGGACCCGGAAUCCAAAAAUGUGCCUGUGGCAUUGAACGUAACUGUACAGAUUCAAGAUACUACUGUAACUGUGAUGCUGACCAUAAGCAGUGGAGAAAGGAUGUUGGCUUGUUAUCCUACAAAGAUCAUUUGCCUGUGAGCCAGGUGGUAGUUGGUGACAUCGACCGACCUGGAUCUGAAGCCAAACUGACCGUGGGCCCGGUCCGCUGCCAAGGAGACCGGAACUACUGGAAUGCUGCCUCAUUCAUUACACCAUCCUCCUACCUUUACUUCUCCACUUUCCAAGGGGAAACAAGUGCUGACAUCUCUUUCUACUUUAAAACUUCAGCAGCUGAUGGAGUGUUUCUGGAAAAUCUGGGGAAUACAGAUUUCAUCAAACUUGAGCUGAAAUCUGCCACUGAAGUGUCCUUCUCCUUUGAUGUUGGAAAUGGGCCAGUGGAGAUUGUCGUUAGGUCUCCCUCUCCACUCAAUGAUGACCAGUGGCACCGAGUCAUUGCUGAGAGAAAUGUCAAGCAGGCGAGUCUACAGGUGGACCAGUUGCCACAACAGGUGCGGAAGGCACCGACAGAAGGUCACACACGCCUAGAGCUUUACAGUCAGCUCUAUGUGGGUGCUGCCGGAGGCCAGAGGGGGUUUCUGGGUUGUAUUCGAUCCCUCAGGAUGAAUGGGGUAACUCUUGAUUUGGAAGAAAGAGCAAAGGUCACUCUAGGAGUAAAGCCCGGGUGCUCAGGCCAUUGCACCAGCUAUGGAAUGUACUGUGAAAAUGGAGGCAAAUGUGUGGAGAAGUACAACGGUUAUUCCUGUGAUUGCUCCAGGACUGCCUAUGACGGACCAUUUUGCAUAAAAGAUGUUGGAGCUUUCUUUGAAGAGGGAAUGUGGCUACGGUAUAACUUCCAAGCACCAGGGGCCAAGGAUGCCACCAGCCGAAGUGGGAACGCUCCUGACUUGCAGAACGGGACACCCGACCUGGCCAAGGAAGAGCUCAGUUUUAGCUUCAGCACAACUAAGGCCCCCUGCAUCCUCCUGUAUGUCAGCUCUCACACCACAGACUUCCUGGCAGUUCUGGUUAAACCAUCUGGAAACUUACAGAUUCGGUACAACCUGGGAGGCACCAGAGAGCCAUAUAAUAUUGAUGUAGACCACCGAAACAUGGCAAAUGGACAGCCUCACAGUGUUAACAUCACCCGUAAUGAAAAGGACAUAAUUCUCCAGCUUGAUCAUUACUCUUCAGUGAGCUACAGUCUGCCAAGUUCAUCUGACACGCUGUUCAAUUCUCCUAAGUCUCUCUUUCUAGGAAAAGUGAUAGAAACAGGGAAGAUCGAUCAAGAAAUACACAAGUACAACACACCAGGAUUCACUGGGUGUCUCUCCAGAGUACAAUUCAACCAAAUCGCUCCUCUCAAGGCAGCCUUGAGGCCAACAAACGCCUCUUCUCAAGUCCAUAUUCAAGGGGAGUUGGUGGAGUCCAACUGUGGUGCUUCCCCACUGACCAUCCCACCCAUGUCUGCUGCCACUGAUCCUUGGCACUUAGAUUCAGCCAGUGCUGACUUUCCAUACAAUGCAGGACAAGCUAUAAGGGAUGGAGUCAACAGAAAUUCAGCAAUUAUUGGAGGGGUCAUUGCCGUGGUGAUCUUCACCAUCCUCUGCACCUUAGUGUUCCUUAUUCGCUACAUGUUCCGUCACAAGGGCACCUACCACACCAAUGAAGCCAAGGGAGCAGAGUCUGCUGAGAGCGCCGAUGCCGCCAUCAUGAACCACGACCCGAACUUCACGGAAACCAUUGAUGAGAGCAAAAAAGAGUGGCUUAUCUGAGAGAGAGAGCUAGGGCGUGGCAAUGGGGUGGGGGGGAUGGGAGAGGGAAGGAAAGUGGGGGUAAGCAGGGAAGAGGGCACAAGGGGAACCUCAAAGAAGGGGGAAAGCACUCUGCUUUGGACUCUUGAGCACAUCUUUAAAAGAUCAGCACAACUCGGGGAAGCAAAGGACAGACAAAAAUCCUUGGGACUGGAAAACAAAAAGGUGUUUAGAAAUGAGAACUUUUUAAUAUCCAUUCACAGCUCUGUCUCUCCUUCUGUAUCCAAACAAAACAACGAGAAGAAAAUGCUUUUAGAGUUUCCACAUUGGUUACAAUCUGUCAGUAAUACCUGUCUUUUUGUGUGUGUGUUUAGAGGUGUUCUAAAUACCUGUGGCAACAGGGCCCAUUUUCUACAUUUUUAGGAGCCCUUAGAAUUUGGAUAUUUCUGUCUUGAGAACAACCGAUAAAUAUAUACAUAUAUGGCCUCCAAUGAUUCUUUUUUCAUAGAGUCCAUUCUUAAUGGGUUAUUGUUGUAUCUAGCUAGAUCUUGUUUACAUCACAUUUCAUUUGGCGGUCUUGUAAAUUGGGAGUUGGGAGAAGAAAGGGGCAUAGGGAAAUGACUCACUUUUUGCCAAGGUCCACAGGGCCAUCGACCUGUGCCCACACUCCGAGGGCUCUCAUGUGAAACAGGCUGUUGAAGGACAAGACUGUAUAAUACUUAGCAGUGAUGUAAAACCAUGUCAUCAUCGUUACCACUGUUGGGGGGAGGGGAGUUUUCUGAACUAUGAAAAGUUAUUUGGAUUUUUUUUCAUUAAGCUCUGAGAAAUAAUAUUGUUCUAAGUACAUAGUCUUAGCUCUAUUCUGUUUCUCUCUCUCUCUCUCUCUCUCUCUCUCUCUCUCUCUCUCUCUCUCUCUCUCUCUCUCUCUCUCUCUCUCUGGCUAUGAUGUCACUUAUGAAUUUCUCUUCCACUCUUCCUGUGAUACAUUGGCAUAUUCUGUGUGUAGGCAUAAGCAUCACAGUAGGGAAUUAGAGCCAGAUGCCGUGGUUUGUUUGCUUCUUCUAUUUCUUUUAUAGACAGUAGUAAAAGUAGCAACCCUGUUAUGUUGCAUAGUGAAUGCAUAGAGUAGGUCACUGUCCUUAAGACACCCUUCUUUUGAGGUCUCCAGUUUCACUCUCCUUGUAACUUUACACCUGCCCAGCUGGGUGUGCCCUUCCAAUACUCAUCCUACUAGAUCCUGGUUCCUUUUUGCUAUGAUAGUGAGCCAAUCAUUGAAGUGAAUUUAAGCACAUCUUAAAAAUUCUUUGUUUCAGAAGUAUGAACAAAAACCUGGCCAACUUUAUAUUGAAGAAAAGGUGAACACCACGUAUUCAUGGUAAGGAAGAUGUGGUGGUGAGUGUGUUUGGGAUUAAAGCAAUGUUUAUGAAAAUUCACUUUAGUUAUUGACUCACUUUCAUACGUAAGAAUCAUUUGGAAAACACCAUCUUCUCUUUAAAAUCAUCCAAGUUAUCUUCCAGACAAAGCAAACACACUGCCCAGUAGGUAAUUCAGGAAUUAUGUAAACUCAAACACAAUUGAACUUUGCAUUUAUCACAAAGACAACAACUUGGAGUUCCCAUUGAUAGACUCAAUGUAUAAUGAUUUGCAAUGAGGCAUCAAAGCUAGUUGAUGACAAGAAGAGAUUUAUUAUUGGCUAGAACUAGUUACCUUCUGCCUAAUAAAAUUAACCCUUCCUAGAAAUUGCAUAGCAAACUACAAUUACACAUUUUGACUAAGACAUUUGCAAUGCAUCCAAAAAAGCAGUCAUUUAUUUGCAAAGGAUGAUAUAAGGUUAUUUCCUUAAUUAUACCCUAACAUCUAGGAUCAUUCUGACCUAUCCCUCUCCCACACAGCCUCUGCUAAUGACAUACACUUCAUAUGUCAACCACUUAACUAAACCUGUUCACUGUUUUCCUCUCCUUCCUAAAAGGGGACAUAAAAAAGUUAAGAGAAGUGAAGAUACUUCUCUUCUGUAGGGUGCUACCCCCCAAAAAAUGCAUACUGAAAUGUAUUCGGAAAUGUUCCCAUUACAACUUUUUCAGGAUACUAGAGUGCUCAUGAGUCCUAAGGUGAUUAUGACCACAUCUUGGGUGGUUGAAUUCAUUUUAUCCAGUGAUGAUGAUCUAAGGUGAAAGAUAGCACGUCACAAGAAUAUACGUGCUAUGAACUAAAUGUUGCAUUUCAGGUGACUAAGUAUUAGAACAUAACCACUUAGAGUCAAUGUGGACUUUAAAGUUGAAGAAACAUUAAAUGAAGAGAGCUUUGUUAAAGGGAAUAUUAUUUCUAUUUCAAGUUGCUCCCCUAGGGGGCAGCUAGGUGGCACAGUGGAUAAAGCACUGGCCCUGGAUUCAGGAGUACCUGAGUUCAAAUCCAGCCUCAGACACUUGACACUUACUAGCUGUGUGGCCCUGGGCAAGUCACUUAACCCCCAUUGCCCCACAAAAAAAAAAAAUUUAAUUAUCUAUUUCACAUUAUUCACAUAAGAAUCAUAUAAGUACAAUGCAACAAGGAUGACUAUUUUCUAAUAGUUUAUCAAAAGAAUAAAGCAGUUACAUUCAUCAGUGUACCCUUUUAAAAAAUGUCCACUCUGGGCUCUCUCACUUUAAAUCAGGAAAACCACAUUUUAAAAAUAGUCUUAAAUUUAGAAUUUAAAAAUUUGACCUGUUUUAAAGGUAUCGUUUUGCUGAUGACAAAUAAUGCCAGAUAAUAUGCCCCAUGUGAAAAAUAUUUCCAGCAUCUCAUAACCUCUAUUCAUCACGCACCUUACACCCAAUUCUUUGCCUCAUUAGGCUUCUCUCCAAGAAGAUUUGGUCAGAGAAAGGCCCAAACCAUCAUUGAAUACCAAAAUUAUUUUCUCAUUUCCCUUGACCUCUCCAUAUCUCCUUCUGAUAUCAGCAGGCAUAAAAGAAAAUUAUACCAAUAUCUCCAGAUAUUUUGAUCCUGGGGAAUUGCCAUGAAUCUUAAGUGAACAGGAAAGUUGAGUUCACCUCUAUCAGCAUCAUCAGUUCACCUUCAUCAAGUCACUUUUGCAUAGAGGAGACACAAAGGCAUCCAAAACACAAUUCUUAUACUUGAGGAAUUAAUAACCUAGUUGGGAACCCAGACCAUGAGCAACUGCAGAAAGUUAAUAUUGUAGGUAAGUGACAAAUGAAUGGUUUAAAAAAAUCCUUGGUUUCUCAAGGUUGUGGACUCGAAAACUCCCAAAUGUUUUCUAAAGGCCAUUGUCAAUGAAUUUCCCAUUAGCAAUGUGUUGUUUCACGGAGAAAGGAGGAUGGAACUCCCUAUCCCCUAUGCACCCUUGAAGAAGAGGGUCCAACUCUAGUACCUAAUCUCACCUUACUACUUUAUAACCUACAAAACUCAUUGAUGUAUGAAAUGUCCCAGUUGACAAAACCAAGUAUUUGGGGUUUUUUUUUAUCAUUUUGCCUAAGAAUACCAUGGCAUGUAACAAAGAGGCCUUUAAAGAUUUCAAAAAUGGAGGAAGACAGUCUUUUCGUCUAAUCGCGAAAGUCAGAGAGGAAGGUUUAUGAUGUUUAACCUGAGAAUCCAGGUUUUUCAAAGCUUGGUUUGGUUUGUGCAUGUAAAUCAGUGCCAUUCUAAGGCUAUACCUAUAAUUAGCACAUUCACUUAAGCCAGAAGCAACACAGGUCAACAAGUUGGAACAGAUUUAUUACUCUCAGUCGAAACUCAUGAUAAUAUUCAAUCCAACAUUUAUUAAGUGUCUCAUUAAAUACAAAGCAACCAUGAAGGGACUUCACUUAAAACCUUCAUCUGAUGCUUCCUCCAGUUAUGUAAGUAACCCUGGGCUCUUGAAAGCUGUGCCAGCUGAGUUCAAACCCUGUCAGGUCCAACCAAGCUUUAAAGGCUCAGACCACAGACCUGAUGAAGGUUCUUGUGAUGGCUGGUCUAGUUAAAUACAGUGUGACUCAUGCCAGAAGGAUAUCCCAAACAGGGAUGAAUUUUAUUCCCACCGCGACAGCUCAUGAAAUCUUCUAAAAAGGCCAGGAAGGACUACAGUCUGCAUUAGGGGAUAGCUUGAUAAUGAAAUCACAGACCUAUUGAAGUAUGUACAAAAGGAGGCACUGAGGUGUUGUGAAAAGAGUAGUAGAGGCAGAGGACCUGAGUUCAAGUCCUACCCAGGCUUGUUUUCAAGAAAAUCACUCAAUCUCCUUGGGACCUAAUUUCUUCCCCUGUAAAAUGAGGUCAUUGGGCUAGAUGACCUCUCAGGUCUCUUCCGGCUCUUGAUCUGUAAUUCUCCUGAGCUGAUGGGAAUACAUUUUUUUAUUGUUGCCUUGCAUGUCUUCAAGUCAGCCCAUCAAUUGCUCAAAAGAAAAGAAAGCCACUUAGAAAGCAGAGGUGUACUGGGUGGGAAAACUUGCUCAGAAUUAUUCUCCCAUUAACAUUGAAGGGAUGCAAUCAAUCAGCACCUCCAUCAUCAUCAUCAUGCUCAUCCUUUGCUGGGAUCCUAUCCAUAAGCUUAUGAUGAGCACACAUCCAACAGGAAGAGGCACUGACCAUUCGGGCAUUAAGCAAAUAGUAAGCCCUUGGGAGUGAACAUCUGUUGAGCACGAACUGUCUGCACACAGAACACUCAAUGGGGCCCAUGUUUGGUCCUUGCUUUAGCUAAGCUAGGUCAAACAAUGGGGCAAAAGAAUAUCAGAAGGGAUAGACAACGUAACUCAGGGGAAAGACAACAGGGUAUCAAAAUCCAAACUUGCAGUAGAUCACCAAAAACAAGGAAUAUGCUUAAUUUCCUUUGCCUCAUCUGUUCCAUUCUCUCUUCCUACCAAUUUUUUUUUCUCCCUCUCCUUCCAAAAUUACAACUCACUCUUAAUGUGCCUAGGUCCAAAUGGCCAAAUUAAGCCCUGUUAGCCCCACAAAAGAUCUGGAUUCUAAUUGGAACCUUUUCGGGUUGUCCUCCUUCUUCAGUGACAAAAACAUUUUCCCAAAUGAAUGCAAUAAUGUGGACAUUUAAUUGCAUAUUCUUGCUUAGUAGAUUGCAAAAGUACACUAGCAGCCAGGAAGUUUGUACCAGAUACAAGCAAACUAGCCAACAGGAACUCAGGGGGCACCUUAUCCUAACCUUUAAAAGUCUUUCCAUGGAAUAAGGAAAAACAAACCAGAACCAAAAGGAUAUAUCCCACUGAUUUGGGAUGCCAAUAUCACUAAAACAUUCUUUUCAGUAUUGAAGGCAGCUUCCAUGGCUACCUUCUGACCCAACCAGAAGAAGACUUAGAGAGUCAGAAUCCUAGCUUCUUCUCUGUCACCAGUGUGCUAUGUGACCUUAACUAAGUCUCCAUUCCCAUCUUUUUUAGCUAGAGCAGAUUUUACCUACCUCCCAGGGGAAUUGUGAGGUGUCUUUGCAUCUUGACUACAAGGCUUUUACAAAUUUCUAGUCAAGUACGCCAAGUGGAAGGCAGCCUCCUCCCUCUCUGGUGAUAGGUCAAGAGGUAACUGAUGGGACAUGGCUAAGCAUCUGCUGAAUAUUGAAUCCAGUAAAGAUCACAGGAGCAAAGCUGAGCCAGAGCCAAGAUAUUCUCCCAUGAGAGCUGGAGAAGUUAAAUCUUCUGUGAGGCGAAUAAGGCCCUUCACUGAAAACCCAGACUAGGACUGCUACUGCUUAUCCUCCCUAUUCAUGCCAGGUUCCCUCACUUUGUAUUUGGCUGUCCUGACAUGCAACCUUUCAGAAGAAUCUGUAUAAAAUAAUGCAACAUUUUAGCUUAGCCUGGAGCUUCUCUGACAUGCAGGGCUACUUCCAACUAUCCUCUUAGGUAUAUUGCUUUCACAGCCACAGCUAUGGAAUUUCAGAACUUUUUUCCCAACCAAGCCUGAGGAAAGGGUGCUGACCAUUACUCCUACUUGUUACAGACAGGCCAAAGAAUGUGGUAUUUCCAGUUUGACAUUUAGGUAAAAGUUCCCCUUAGAAGCAAAUUCACUCAGUUCAUCUACAUCUCAAAACUGACAAAAUCUCAGUUAAUCUGCAGAUUACCCAGAAUCUAGCUCUGGGAAAACAGGGAGGUCUCUUUUCUCAGUUUCAGCUCAGUUUCCCAAGGUUUCAACUCAAAGCAUCACCAUUCCCAAGUUCCAUUUGGUUAGGAAGAUUUUAUUUUCAUUUUUUUUUGUAAUAAGCAUGGUGACAGCAGGGGUUACAAUUUUGGAAAGCUGAGCUAAAUUCUAGUUCUGAAAAAAAAAAAAGGCAGGCAAUUGGGGGGGGUUCCAUCCUAAUGAAAUAGCACACAAUUGCACCCUCUAAAAGCAACAGCAUGUAAACUAGAAGGAAAGAAGGACAUUAUGUAUGUUAUAUUAUGCCUGAUAUUCUUUGUGAAUGUCUUUCAUUUUAACUAAGAUUCUAUUAGAAACCAGAUUGAUAAAUAAAAAAUUCAAAAUAGUUUUAAUUAUCC